AUGUCGUCCUCCAAGCUGCCAGUUCUCCCUCUCGUUCACCCCCUUGUUCUUCUCCCUGCCUCGAGAAUCUCCCUGCCAGUCCCCACAAAAGUCGGAGAAGCUCUUCUCUCGCUCAUUGACAACUCGGACUCUUUGCCAAUCGUCGCGGCCGUCCCAACCUCAAGCACAAACCAACUAGCCGAAUGGGCCACGGCGGCUAGGGUAUUGAGGCUGGUGAAACCCCCCGCGAGAAAUCCAAGACAGCCAUAUCUUGUUAGUCUGCAUGGCUUAACGAGAGUUCAACUCAAGGCCCCUCUGCCGAUAUUGGAUGCGAGCAGCGUUCUGCUGGCUCACGACAUCACUUACCCUCCAACAGAGAACCUACCGACGCGGGAGGUUGUCGACAAGUUUAAGACCGCCGCGCUGCGGUUGCUCGACCGACUUGCCAGAGACUCCGUUCAACAGGCGCGGAAGGAUGGAUAUCACAAGAUUGCAGGAAUGCUAGAGGAUAUUACGGACGCCAGGGCUGCUUGGAUGGCAGAUGUCCUCGCCGGGACUGUUGGAGGGGAAUAUGAAGAUCGACUCGCCAUCCUUUCCACCCCAGACGCUACGGACCGGCUCCAGCUCGCCACUACUAUAUUCAUUAAGCUCGCUUCCAUAUCUGAAGUGACGAAGAGGAUAUCAAAUGCUGUUGACGAAUCACUGUCAAAGCAACAGAAGGAAUUUUUCUUGCGCCAGCAACUGGCUGCCAUCCAGCGAGAGCUCCAAGCUUUACAACGUUCCAAUGGCGACAAAUCUCCCACUAGUACACCUCGCUCAGGGGCUAGCGAAGGCACGACCUCAGAGUUGGACGAUGAUGAACAACAUGACGCGGAUGACAUGGCUGAUUUAAAGCGUAAAAUUGAAGCUAUGGCUCCUGGGUCUGAAGAAAGAAAGAUGGGUGUUCGUGAGUGGCGGCGACUCAAGCGGAUUCCCCAAGGCAGUGUGGAGAACGGCGUGAUCCGCAACUACCUCGAAUGGCUAACGUCUGUGCCAUGGCCGAACUCGACUCCAUCAGGCGAUAUCCCCGAUACCCCGUCUGCCACGAGUCAGAAGAACUUCCUCUCUAACGCCCGCGCUCAGCUGGAUGCCGACCACUAUGGCCUUGAGAAGAUCAAGAGACGUCUAAUUGAAUACCUUGCCGUUGUUCGCUUGCGUGAAGCAGCGGGGAAAAGGGAGGAAGAACACCAGCACCAGCGCCAAGAGGGCGCGAAGCUACAAGCAGAAGUGGCGAAAUCCGAAAGCUCUAGUCCGGAGAAAUCACUUGUCAAAUCCACACUCAACGCAGAUUCGGGCCCUCGUCCGAUGCCCCCGAACGAACGAGGGAAGAAAGCUGUUCGAGGUCCGAUUCUUCUGUUCGUCGGUCCGCCAGGCACGGGCAAAACAUCGCUGGGCCUUUCUAUCGCGCGUGCGCUGAAUCGACCCUUCCAACGCAUCUCGCUGGGCGGCGUCCGAGACGAAGCGGAGAUUCGCGGCCACCGUAGGACGUAUGUCGCCAGUGGGCCUGGUCUUAUCGUGCAGGCGCUGAGGAGAGCUGGUCGAGCAGAUGGUGUGAUAUUACUGGAUGAGAUUGACAAAGUCGGCCAAAGUAACUUCCACGGAGAUCCUGGUGCCGCUUUGUUGGAAGUCCUCGACCCUGAGCAGAAUCAUUCUUUCAACGAUCAUUAUGUCAAUGUUCCUAUCGAUCUCAGUCAAAUCUUGUUUAUCUGUACGGCGAAUACUUUGGAGACGAUUUCGGCCCCACUGCUGGAUAGAUGCGAAGUUAUACAGUUGUCUGGCUAUACUCACGAUGAAAAACUUCACAUUGCUCGUCGUUAUCUUCUUCCCAAGCAGCUGAAGGCCAACGGCUUGACCAACGCCGAAGUGGAGAUAACUGAGCCCGCACUUCUCAGAAUAGCUACCGGCUAUACUCGGGAGGCUGGCGUUAGAACACUUGAGCGGGCGAUUGGGGCUGUUAUUCGAUGGAAAGCUGUGGAGUGGGCGGAGUGGGCAGAAGAUAAUGAUGUCUCAAACGGCAUCAGCUCCCCCAGCGAUACUAAGGCUACUUCACAAGCAUUGAUCAAGGCCGAUGUCAAGCAGGGUGAGUAUAAGCGCCUAGUGGAAGAAAAUGAACUGGAGAAAAUACUUGGCAUCGCACGAUGGGAUGGCGAUGAACGCGAUAGGGAAGAGAGACGCGGUGUUGUAUACGGUCUUGUAGUCAUGGGUCAGGGAGAAGGCGGUAUUCUUCCCGUAGAAACAAUCAUCGUUCCAGGACAAGGUGGACUGAAACUCACCGGUAGCUUGGGAGAUGUCAUCAAAGAGAGCGGAGAACUGGCGUUGAGCUGGGUCAAGAAGCACGCGUACGACCUGUGCAUCACUAACGAACGAUCUCAAGACCCACUCAAGCUGCCCGAGCCCAUCGAUAUACAUCUGCACCUCCCGGCUGGCGCAACUAAGAAGGAUGGUCCUAGUGCCGGUGUUGCAAUGACGUGCGCCUUCGUUUCGCUGCUCACCGGUGCUUGUGUGCCUGCCCACAUCGCUAUGACCGGCGAGAUAACACUGCGUGGCCGUGUCACCCCCGUUGGUGGUAUUAAGGAGAAAGUCCUUGGUGCUCAUCGUGCACAGAUAACCAAGGUGAUCCUGCCCUACGCGAAUCGCAAGGAUGUCGAGCAUGAUGUGGCUCUUGAAAUUCGAAACGAAAUGGAAUUCGUGUUUGUUCGUACUGUUCGCGAAGCACUUGAUGCCGCAUUUGGAAAGGGAGCCCUACCCUGGCGAAGAGAUGCCCUCUUGUUGGAGAUGCGCCCAUUUAAAACCACUCAUCAACGCCGUUCCAGAAUCAUCGCAAAGAUGUCCUUGAAAAACGGAACAGCGGCAUCCAACGACUCGGCCUUUCGUUUCCCGAUCCCCCCUGAACAAUCAGACGAUAUGGGCAAACCUCUUGUACCAGACUUCUCUGACGACGAGAAGGUCAAGCAAUACAUCCAUGAUCGUCGGGUUAUCGGGUAUGACCCCCUCCUCGCUCCUUCUUUCCUACUGCACAAAUUACCAACCUCUCCGGAGUCGUUACGCACAACGGCCCUAGCUCGCUACCGUGCAUCCCAGAUCAUCCAGGGUCAAUCGUCGGACUUGCUUGUGAUCGUCGGCCCAUGCUCGAUCCACUCACCAGCGCAGGCUCUCCACUAUGCUAGAUUACUCAAAACACAAUUGGAUGCAGGACGCUUCCCCCGCCUCCUGAUCCUCAUGCGCACUUAUUUCGAAAAGCCACGGACAACAAUUGGGUGGAAAGGGCUCAUCAAUGACCCGAAUAUCGAUGGCUCUUUCGCUAUAAACGACGGUCUCCAAACCGCAAGGAAGCUUCUCCACGACAUCACUUCGAUGGGUAUCCCCGUUGCCAGCGAGCUCUUGGAUACCAUUAGCCCCCAGUACAUCUCUGAUUUGCUGUCUUGGGGUGCUAUCGGAGCACGCACUACUGAGUCUCAGCUACAUCGCGAGCUUGCUUCAGGGGUGUCUUUCCCUAUUGGAUUCAAAAAUGGUACAGACGGAAGCGUUUCCACCGCAAUUGAUGCCAUGUCAUCGUCCUCGCACCCGCAUGCCUUUAUGGGGGUUACGACCACUGGUCUGGCUUCUAUCGUCAAAACCAGAGGCAACGAUGAUGUCCAUAUCAUCCUGAGAGGUGGUUCAAGCGGCCCUAACUUCUCAUCGGAACACAUCCAAGAUGCGUUCGAAAAAAUCCAGAAAUCUGGGACACGCAAGUUCCCAAGUAUCAUGGUCGAUUGCUCCCAUGGCAAUUCGCAAAAGAACCAUCUGAAUCAACCAAAAGUAAUCUCCUCGCUGUGCAAGACCUUGACUUCUCCUUCGAGUCCAGAAGCAUCGCCAUCUCUGCCGCAUCACGUUCGACAUAUCACCGGCGUGAUGAUCGAAUCAAACAUAAGGGAAGGGAAGCAAUCUAUCCCCUCUUCUUACUCGGCAACCAGGGAUUCUUUAGUGAACGGCACGAAGAUCAUCACUAGCCUAGAGGAAUUAGAGACGCAGAAGGAUGAUGGCGAGGUGAAGCUGAAGUAUGGCGUAAGUAUUACAGAUGCUUGUGUCGAUUGGGACAUGACAAUGACAAUGCUGGAUGAACUAAACGAGGCUGUAGAAAGGCGACAUCAGUUGCUCAGCGCAAGCGCUUGA